AUGAGCACACCGGACGAUCCAGUGAUUCACAGUCCAGAAUCGAUGCGUAACGGUCCAGCAGUAUCCGGUUCCGGAGUGAUGGCAGCGGCAGCGACGGCGGCGGCGGCAACAGGUGGUGCAGCAGGUACGGUUGCAACGUCUACGGGUAUCUCUGGUGCACUGGGUGGUGGUGCCGGUACAUCGGUGGUACCAGCGAUGCAACAUAACGGUGGUUCGGGAGCAAUUACGGGUUCAUUGCCGGCAGAUGCAGCAGGCAAUCUUUUGCGCUUAUUGAAGGGAGGACUGGCCGGAGUACGCCUGAACAUGCUGGAUGAUUUAGCAAUGGGCACCGGUACUAUGCGUCAAGGCGCCUCAUCCAGUGGGUGCGAUUCUCCCAACGCUGACAAUGUCACUGCUGAUGAGGCUCGGCGCCGCCAGAAAACGUGUCGUGUAUGUGGUGACCAUGCAACGGGUUAUAAUUUUAACGUGAUCACAUGCGAGUCCUGCAAGGCGUUCUUUAGAAGAAAUGCUCUCAGACCGAAGGUUAGUUGCUGCUGCUGCUACUCUGACUUUGUGCUUGGAAGUUUUUAAAA